AUGAAGCGCCUAUGCCUUACUCGGGCAUUUGUUGGGCUGGUUCUUGCUUGGGGUGUUUGUGCCGAUGUCCAGGAUCACCAAUUAUGUCAAGGCGAUCUCGCUCCUUCAACCUCUGUUAGAGAGGUCGUUGUCUGGGUUAAUGAAGAUGGUGUUCCUAUUACUCCGGACAGCAAGCAUGUUCAGGCUUCGAUAGCAUCAGAGCAUGGAAAUCCUGCGCAGACUCAGUCUUCAGUAUCACUUCCUGAUACAGAUGUCUCGCGCUUGGCAUCGACAUCGACUGCUUCUAGGAAGGAUAAUGAUAUGAAUGAUCGUUCUGUUGAUGCUCCUCCGAAGGGCCAACAUCCUGCUCCUCCACCAGCAGCAGCACCAGCAGCAGCAGCAGCACCUCCUCCUCCUCCGCCGCCACCACCCCCUGCUGCUGCUCCUCCCCCUCCAGCUGGUCCACCCGCUCCUCCACACCCUCAUUACCAUCCUCACCCACCACCACACCCACACGGCCACCCAAAACCGCACCAACCCCCCCAUUUACCCCCAAACCAAAACGAAGCCGGCGGCUUCGGAAUCUCCUACUCCCCUUACAGAGCCGACCGCACCUGCAAAAACCAAGAAGAAGUAAACAAAGACUUAAACGGCCUAUCACGCUACAGCUUCGUCCGAAUCUACGGCACAGACUGCGACCAAACAAAAACCGUCUCGCACGCCGCACACCAGUACAACAUGCGCGUCUUCGCAGGGAUCUACGACCUAACCGAUUUCCCAAACAGCCUAUCAGCCUUCCGCGAAGCAGCCCCAACAGGACCAGACGGCAAGAAAGACUGGUCAACCUUCCACACCAUCGCAAUCGGCAACGAACUAGUAAACGGCGGCACGAACAACCCAGCCGAGGUAGUCCGCGCAGUGAACCAAGCACGCUCGAUCCUCCGCUCACAGGGAUACGAGGGCCCGGUGGUAACAGUCGAUACGUUCUCCGUCUUACUCGACCACCCGGAAUUAUGCGACGCGAGUGAUUACUGCGCGGCGAAUUGUCAUGCUUUCUUUGAUGCGAGUCAGAGUCCUGGUGGGGCCGGUGCGUAUGUUCUUGAACAGGCGCGUAGUAUCUCUGCUGCGGCGAAUGGGAAACAUACUAUGAUUACUGAGUCUGGGUGGCCGCAUGCUGGGGAUGCGAAUGGGGGUGCUGUUCCUUCGGUUGAGAAUCAGAGGGUUGCUAUUGAGAGUCUGCGGAGGAGUUUUGGGCAUCGGAAGGAUGAUUUGGUGCUUUUUACUGCUUUUGAUGAUCUUUGGAAGGAUGAUAAUAGUUUCACUUUCAAUGCUGAGAAGUUUUGGGGGAUUAACGGUGGUCUUUAG